UGCAAAACUCGACUCACUUCUGGCACUGGUAUAAAGAGGGCUUGGUGCCCGGAUUGAGGGCCUCUGUCUGGUACAACAACGACCCACCAUUGGGUCAGCGCGGUUUCCUAGGCGACAGGACGUGUAGGAUGAUGGGAUAUGCCACCAUGAGGCAGGUCAGAGUGAAGCCAGGGCAGUGCAGAAUCCACGACCUACUGACUAAAGUGAUCAAGGAGUGUAACGAGGCCUAUAGCAUAAUGGAAGAGGAGGAUGGGUCGUUUGGAGUGGGCUGGGUCCCUUUCAACGGUACCUCCACCGUCAACAACUCAAGCCCGGAGUACACAUACCGUACCUCUAGCGAGCUCGACGGUUACCCACACUACGGUCUGCUGACGGUGUACGGCGGCGGAGGGUAUGUGGCGGAGCUUAGAGGCAGCGCCAGAACCCUGCUUGCCCUGGGAGAGCGUCUGGAGAGGGAGAAGUGGAUAGACAAGUACACCCGCGCGGUGCUUGUGGAGUUCACGUGCUACAACCCCGGUAUCAACCUCUUCUCCAUUGGGACCAUGGUGGCAGAGUUUCCAGAGACUGGCGGAGUUUUUACCAGCUACCGAUUUGAGCCAACGCGUCUGUUCAACUAUCUUGGGUCUGCAAUGGGGUUCCAGAUUUUUUGUGAGGUGUCAUACUUUGUUUUUAUAUUCUUCUUCAUGUAUAAAGAGGGUAGGAAGAUGUGGCGGGCUCGAUGCAAGUAUUUCUCAGAGUUCUGGAAUCUUGUGGAGUUCUCCAUCAUUGCGUUCUCGAUUGGUGGCGCUGUGGUGUUUUUCUAUCGUCUGCUUCUCACCGAUACCUUGGCAACUUCCUUCAAGGAGUCCCAUGGCAACAGUUAUAUCAAGUUCCAGUAUGUAGGCUACUGGAACGAGAUGUACAGCUACAUGUUAGGUUUCAUCUGCUGUCUCGGCACCUUGAAGUUCUUGAAGCUGCUUCGCUUUAACAAGCGUAUGUCCUUUUUGGCGGCAACGCUUAGGCACAGCACCAAGCACCUGUUUGCGUUCGCAGUCAUGUUCUUUAUCGUGUUUUUCGCAUUCGUGCAAUUCUUCACUUUGGACAUGGGCACUCAGAUCCUGAACUUUGCCAACGUGCUGUACGCCAGCGAGUCCUGCAUGCAGAUGAUGCUGGGAAAGUUCGACUUCUGGGGGCUGGCAUCUGCCAGUGAACUCGCGCCAUAUUUCUUCGUCCUCUUCGUGGUUCUGGUCUCCUGGAUCACCAUCAACAUGUUCCUGUCGAUCAUGAACGAGAGCUUCACCGCCGUCAAGAAUGACCUUUCCAAGCAGCCCAACGAAUACGAGAUGGUGGACUUCAUUGUAACUAGGUUCAAGCUCUGGACGGGGCUAGGGGCUCCAAAAGCCGGUCAACCCACCGCUGCCACCACCCCGGACAAACUGAACAACGAGAAGACCGAGGGUCAGGACAAGGAGAACUCGGUGGAGACCGAUUUGAAUCAUUUCCCAGAAAAAGUGGACCGGCUCCUGAACACAGUGGGCCGCGUUUACUUCGACUUGGAGACAAACAGCGGAAAGGACGCGUUCAAGCAGAUGCUUAAGGACAACAAGUUGAAGGCAAAGAUGCACAGCGGAGGCUACGGCAACGGACUAAAGGAUCCAGAGGCUGAAGACUUGGCAAUGCUCUAACGAUUUCUGCACUGUUUCAGUGUCGACGAAGCACAAAGAGUGCCCAAUAUUCUCCGUCUCGUACGAUAAGCUAGCGAAUAAUUGGCAGUGAAAAAAUUAAUCUAUAAAAUGUCAAUUGUAUUGGUCAAUUUUUGUAGCCUUUUCGCUUUCCAGUGAUUGAUUUGUUAAUUAUCUUCAUGUGACGUUGCCACACGUUAGUACUGUCGUUCUGGUAAUUUUUAUCUUUUUGGUAAUUAAUAUUUUUCUGGUAUUUUUUGUCCAUUUUAAUACUAAGCUGCAGUAUUUUAACUUUAUCCCCUUAUGUCCAAAAUAUUGUAUUAGUCCGACAGAGACCACGGUUCUGUUUAAAGUACAAAUUCGAAAAAUACUUACUGUACACGGAGUACUAGAUUGUGUUUAUGAUUCUAAGACAUUGGGCACUGUGAGUGUUACGGACCUGAUAUCUUCAGUUCAUUCAGAAAUGGAAUCUGUUUUAGUUAUAAUGGUAAUUAUUCAUUUUUAGUGUAUUACAAUUGUCCUAUGCGCUAAAGAACCAAUAACCUUAAGGCAAAGACAAGACAUAGUAUUGAAUCUACAUUCUCUCUUUUUCGAAGGGACAUAUGAAAACAUUUUGAAAUACAAAACUGCAGAGCCGAUAAUUGACGUACACUGUAUACAAGUGUAUCAGCCAUUUGGUAUUUUGUAUGGAACAGCUAGCAUAUACUGAACCAUUUACAACCAAAAUAUACAGAACAUUCUCAUUCUCUGAGACACUCUCAAAACGUUAUAUCUCCCAAUGUUCAGAAUUGUUAGAUCUCCAAAAACUUUAAAUCUUCAGAAAAUCCUCAGAAAAUGUAAUGUACAAACUUAAAACUAAUUUUAAGAAACUGAUUGCUAUCUUACCAAUUAAUU